CUACUGGCUUAUCAUCAGCAUUGCAGGUUGGAGCUGAGCUGCUGCUCUCGCGAUAUUUGCACUCCUUGACUGCAUUGACUGGACCACAACAGGAAGUGAGACAUGGCAUCAGUGUUCGGGGGAGUAGAGGGUGGAGGAACUCACUCCAAAGCAGUGCUGGUGGCAGCAGAUGGAAAGAUCCUGGUAGAGACAGAGGGACCGUCCACCAACCACUGGUUGGUUGGAGUGGACAAAUGUAUUGAAACCAUCAAUGACAUGGUCCAGAGAGCCAAGACGGAGGCAGGGCUGGAUCCAAACACGCCACUAUGCUCACUGGGCAUGUCUCUGAGCGGAGGGGAGCAGAAGGCUGCCAUCGACAAACUGAUUGAUGACAUGAAGCAAAGGUUCCCAACUCUCAGCCAGCACUACUUCAUCACCACCGAUGCAAUUGGCGCCAUGGCGACUGCAAGCAAUUGUGGAGGUGUAGUGUUGAUAUCAGGGACCGGCUCGAACUGCAAGUUAGUCAAUCCCGAUGGCUCACAGAUCGGCUGUGGAGGCUGGGGUCACUUGAUGGGUGAUGAAGGAUCAGCAUUCUGGAUCGCUCAUCUGGGGGUGAAGAUGGUGUUUGAUGCCAAAGACAACCUGGUGGCUCCUCCUCAUGACAUUACACAAGUCAGGAAAGCCAUGGAGGAAUACUUCCAGGUGUCAGAUCUGAUGGGCAUGCUACCACACCUCUACAGAAACUUCCAGAAGCCCUAUUUUGCUGGUUUUUGCAAGAAGCUGGCUGAAGGUGCAGAAGCAGGGGAUGCUCUCUGUCAGUAUGUGUUCACUCAGGCUGGGAGAGUCCUUGCAAAACAUGUAGAAGCAGUCCUACCUGCUGCACAAGAGCCUCUACUGAAGAGUGACCUCGGCCUGCCCAUCCUGUGUGUGGGCUCAGUGUGGAAAAGCUGGGAGCUGCUGAAGCCAGGAUUCACUGAGGUCUUGGAUAAAGUGGCAUCAUCUGACAAGUUCAAGGGUCGUGUCCGUGGCUACAGCCUCCUGAUUUUGCAGCAGUCUUCAGCUCUCGGUGGUGCUAGCCUAGGGGCCCAGAGUGUGGGCACCCCCAUCACCAUGGAUUACAAAGCCAAUGCCAAAGUCUUCUACCAACAUACUUUUAACAGCAGCCAAUGAGAGCGUAGCUGCACGUCCGGUAGAUCUCAGCUGAAGGGAAAUUGUAUUGGUUAUUAUAUAAUUAUCAGCAUCUUCGCUAAUGACACUUGCUAUAAUGAUGAUAAAUGGUGAUGAUAAUGGUUGUGUAAUAAUGGUUUAGAUCUUGAUUUGAUGCCAGUACAAAAUAACAAGAAGAUGGUCGGAAAUAUUGAAAAUGUUGGCUUUUACAGAUGCAUAGUGCCUGUGUAAACAUUUGAAUUCAUAUUACUUUCAUUGUACUGUAAUUGCAAAUCUUUGCACCUUUACAACACUUGUUUACAUUUGACAUUUAUAAUAAAAAUGCUGCUUCAGGGUUGCAAAAAAUGUCUAACUUCCAAGAUAA